AUGAAAGGAACUCAGAGGCUGUGGAAUUGCAGAAAGGGAAUCUUCCAGUGCCUUUUCAUGAUGUUUUCUUGGAAGGCAGUUUCUGGGCAGAUCCACUACUCCAUUCCAGAAGAGCUGCACAAAGGCUCUUCCGUGGGGAAUGUUGCAAAGGACCUGGGAAUGGAUGGCAAGCAGCUCCCAAACCAUGGACUGCGCAUUGUUUACCCUGUAGGUAUGAUUCAGUAUUUUUCUUUGAAUGCCAACAAUGACCAUUUGCAGAUAUCUGAGAGAAUAGAUAGAGAGGAAAUUUGUGGAGAGGCAGAGAAAUGUAUGUUGAAGUUUCAGGUUCUUGUUGAAAGCAAAUUGAAGCUUUAUGGAAUUGAAGUGGAAAUUACAGAUAUAAAUGAUAAUGCUCCCCACUUCCCUCUAUGGGAACAGGAGCUGGAAAUCAGUGAGGCAUCUAUACCUGGAUUCCGAAUCCCUCUUCCCAAAGCUCAAGAUCCAGAUUGGGGGAUAAAUUCCGUGCAGAGCUACCAACUCACAGGCAGUAGUCAUUUUGCUUUGCAUGUGGAAACAGAAGAAAAUGGUGUCAGACUUGCUGAACUUGUGUUGGAAAAGUCACUGGACCGAGAGGAACAAUCAGCUUACGAUUUGCUUCUCACAGCUACUGAUGGAGGUGAUCCUAUCAGGUCUGGCACAUUACAAAUUCACAUUGUUGUCCUUGAUGCAAAUGACAAUGCACCAGUUUUCAGCCAACCUCUCUAUGAAGUGAGUGUCAGUGAGAAUAUGCCCAAGUGGUCCACAGUUUUGACAGCGAGAGCGACUGAUAUGGAUGAAGGAAUCUAUGGAGACAUUAAAUACUCUUUCCAACAAAUCACAAAGAGAGACUCCCAAAUGUUUCUGUUAAAUUCCACAACAGGUGAAAUCAUCCUUAUUGGGAAUCUUGAUUAUGAGGAAUCAUCUUUAUAUGCAUUUGAGAUACAAGCCAAAGAUGGAGGAGGCCUGAGUGACAGAUCAAAAGUUGUGAUAUCUGUUACGGAUCUGAAUGACAAUGCACCUGAAUUAUCAGUUAACUUUGCUACCAACACCAUUCUUGAAAGUUCACCAUCCCAAACGGUAAUUGCCAUUUUAAAUGUCCAAGAUCGAGAUUCAGGAAUCAAUGGGGAAAUCACAUGUUCAAUCCCUAGCAACCUCCCUUUCCAGCUAAAGAAGUCUACGGAUAACUUUUACAGUUUGGUGACUAAUGGUGCCCUUGACAGGGAACAGGUGUCUGUCUUCAAUAUUACUGUCACUGUUACUGAUCAUGGAGUCCCCCCUCUUUCUGCAGUCACAGUUAUCACACUUCAUGUUUUAGACACAAAUGACAACCCACCCCUCUUUGAAAAAACAGACUAUACUUUCUAUUUUGUUGAGAAUAACCAAAGAGGAGCGAUGGUCUCUUCCUUAAGAGCAAAUGAUCUUGACUGGGAAGAAAAUGCCAGAAUUACAUAUUCCAUCACUGAUGACCAAAGAAGUGACUCCCGCCUCUCCUCCUACCUUUCCAUUAACUCUGAGACGGGGGUUAUAUAUGCUCUGACCUCCUUUGAUUAUGAAGACUUUCGAGACAUUCGGUUCCAUGUAAAGGCCCAGGACGGAGGUUCCCCACCACUCAGCUCUAACGUCCAAGUGACUCUCUUCAUCCUGGACCAGAAUGACAAUGCUCCCCAAAUCCUUUACCCUUCCCCUCCCACUGAUGGUUCCACAGGGAUAGAGCUGGCCCCUCGCUCCUCUGAGCCAGGCUACCUGGUCACUAAGGUGGUGGCCGUGGAUGCGGACUCUGGCCAGAAUGCCUGGCUCUCCUACCAGCUGAUCAAGGCCACCGAGCCAGGGCUCUUCACUCUGGGGCUCCACACGGGAGAGAUCAGGACGGCCCGCUUCUUUCUGGAGAAAGAUGCCCUCAAGCAAAGCCUGGUGGUUUUAGUGAAGGACAAUGGGCAGCCACCUCUCUCUGCUUCAGCCACUCUGACUGUGGUGCUGGCUGACACCAUCCCUGCAAUCCUCUCAGACCUGAUCAGCAUCUCAGCUCCUGUAGAUCCUCCGUCUGACCUCACCUUCUACCUGGUCCUUGCAGUGGCUUUUGUCUCCUGCUUGUUCUUCACUUUCCUCCUUGUGUUACUGGCCAUCAAGUUGCACAGGUGGAGAAAUUCUCAGCUGCUUGAGUCGGGGAGUGUGAAUCUCAGUGGUGCUCCUAUCUCACAGUUUGUGGGGAUUGACGGAGUCCGAGCAUUUCUGCACUCCUACUGCCAGGAGGUUUCUCUCACUACAGACUCUAGAAAGGCAAAUUAUUCCAAUACUCUGAGCAGUAAAGAAGCUUGUGAAGCAAAUGAUCCUAUCCUACCUGGUGAAGAUUUAAACUUGAACAAUGAAGGCUUAAUCGUAGUCCAGGUGAGCAAACAAUUUUAGAUUAACAUGAUUUUUUGUUUUCUUAAUAUUAGAAUAUAUUUCCCGUCUGCCUCUGCUUUCUCAUUAUAUUCAGAACUAUGUCAGUCUUCUUUCUAUUACUUUCAGCUCCCCCUUCUUUUAGUUAUUACUUUAUAUGUGAUGCUUCUGUGAAGUAUCUUCUUUCAACAAAUCUUCAUCUUGAUGCAUCAGAUAAUCUGUCUUUGUCUCUUACUUUGGACUGCUGGUGGAGGCUCACAGAAUCUUGUGCACAUCUAUAAAAAAAACAUAGUUCACUACAUAUUGAAACUAUCAUGUAUAGGAGAUGUAUAGGAGAAGGCUAGGCUCAUCCUAUUUUCAUGUGCAGCAUGUGAGUUCCUGUGAGAUUGAUUCUAAAUUGUUUUAGCUUUGUAUGUUGUAUUUGGAUUUUAUUUCAUAUUUUUAUUACACUUCCAAAUAUUGGGUGGUUUAAAAAACCUCUAUCAGUAAAUAAGUAUAUAAAUGUGAGCCCUCAUCUGCCUUGGUACUGAUAAGUUGUAAUUAUGCCGCCUCAAUGAAAACUAGGGCCUAGUAUCCUAUGACAAGUUCUCAUUCCCAUCUUUCCACCAAUAACCUCUUUCCACUACAUACCCAACUGCCCACCAAUAAGCUGAUACUGAGAUUCUCAUUGCCACAAGACUUCUUUUUUUAAGAAAAGUAAUAAUGAAUUUACUAAACUCUUUUAUUGGCUGAGAUAUUUUGGCUGUUUGUAUAUUUUAGUAUGAUAAAAUGAGAAGAUUCAAUGGUGAGGGGACUCUGGAAAUAUAUUUACAAGCAAUUGUAUUGUAAGAUUGGUUGCAUAAUGCUCCUUUGUAACUUGCAACCUUCACCCGCUAUUGAACUACAGCAGCAACAAACAAAUGGUUUGGGUGGUUGUAUUUUCUACUCUAUUGAGAUUUCUAGUGUAAGGUAGAGGUAGAAUUUUGAACCCCAGAUAAGGUGUCAUGUGUUGCCUUCUCUGUAAAAUGAAUGGAAACAGCUUCAGCGGACGGUGUGUUCUUCUAGGUAGUUCCACACUCCUACAAUGGGUACAUCAAUGGAAAUGUGAGUGCAAGUUUAUUUACUCCUUUGUAAUGUAACUGUAAGCUGGUUUGAUUCCAGAGCUCUUUGGUAAAAUUUUGCUGGCAUUUUUCUAUUUUAAAAAAUGCUAUCAUUGCUGGAGUAGUAAACACCCUACAAUGGCAAAAAUUGAUGCAGUUUAUGAGGUAUGUGGGGUUUUUUUGUUCCUGUAAGGAAACAAUGAAUGGCAAUGUGCUGAAAUUUGGGGGAGUUGUUUGGGUGACCAUAUCCGGCAAUGUCCUUGAAGGACUAUCCUGAAGUUCUACUAAUGUGUGAAUUGGACAAUGCAAAGUAUGCUGGGAGGAUGCUUGGAUUCCCACAAAAUUGUUUGAUAUUUAAGAGAAAGUGGGAAUUAAUUAGGGAUUACAGUAUUUGAACACCAGGCUAAAAAAAGUUGCUUUUCCUUAUUGUAAAUACAAGUGGCAAAUCCUCUUGAUAACAUUAAUGAAAUGCACACAUCACUGUGUGGGUCAACCUAAAAUUAUCACAAGCUGAACCUCUGACGGGAAUACGUAUUAAAAAUUCACUUGUGAUAAUUUCUUAAUAUUGUUUAGAUUUUUUUAAUGCACAUUAAACAUGGAAGAAAGAAGUUUGGAACUCUGGUCUCAUUGACCCGCAUACUGAAAAAAGCUCUUUAUGGAGUGAAUAACUAUAAGGUCUGAUCAAUAAUCCAUUGAGGGGGGUACAACUUGAAAACAAUGGUAAAGGGUAAAUCAAAAGCAGUUCUCUACAUUAGAAAUUAUAUACUAUGUACCAUUAUUGAAAUGGCAAAUACAGUUCCCCAUGUGGACUCAGAGUGUCACUGUUGGACAACGUGGGAGCAGCCAUGGCUCAGCAUUUCUGAGACUCUUGGAGCAGUCUCUCUCUCUCUAACACUUCAGCUGAGCAGAAAGGAAAAGCUUUUAUUUUAAAAGCUGCUCAAGAAAGGAAAGCUCUCAGUUUCCCAAGAAUCAGCUCAAAAGAACGGUAUUGGUACUAUCUCAUAUUAGUGUACUGGGAGUCUUGCAAACUAUACUGAAAGAAGGAAGAAAUCAGGAAAUGCAAUGGAUGUAAUGGAAGUAAAGCAAGCAGAGAGAACAAGGGAGAUCACCAAGAGGCAAGUACUGUUUCUGUUCAUAUUCUGGUCUGUGUUCUGCUGCCAGGUAGUGUCUGAGAAGGUUCAGUAUUCAGUUCCAGAGGAAGCAGAGCAGGGCUCCUUUGUGGGGAACCUUGUUAAAGAUCUGGGGUUGGAUGUCAGAGAGCUGUCAAAGCGCAAGCUUGGUAUUUCUUCAGAAAAGCAAUUCUUUGAUCUGAAUGAACAAAAUGGCAACCUGUAUGUGAAUGAGAGAAUAGACCGGGAAGAGAUUUGUGGUAAAUCAUCUACUUGUGUCCUCAAAUUAGAAGUUGUGGCACACAAUCCUUUGAAUAUUUUCCACGUAAAUAUUUUUAUCCAGGACAUCAAUGAUAAUGCUCCACAUUUUCAGAAUGAAAAUAUUGAGCUUAAAUUUAGUGAAUCUACUCUGCCAGGAACUCGAUUUGCUCUUGGAAAUGCUGAAGAUGAUGAUAUCGGAAUGAACUCCCUCCAGAAUUAUCAAUUGAGCUCAACUCCAUAUUUCAAACUAGAAAUUCAAGCUGGCAAUGAUGGUGGCAAAUAUGCAGAAUUAAUAUUGCAGAAACAACUGGACAGGGAAAAGGAACAGAUGCACCAUAUGGUCCUUACAGCCAUGGAUGGUGGAGAACCUCCAAAAACCGGAACAGCCAAAAUAUUGGUAACAGUUAUUGAUAUUAAUGACAAUGUCCCUGUUUUCACCCAGACAAUCUAUAAAGUGAGCCUGAAGGAGAGUGCACCCAAAGGAACCUCUGUGCUUCAAGUCAAAGCAUCUGACAGUGAUGAAGGGUCAUAUGCUGAGAUCACUUAUACUUUCAGUGACAUCCCAAAAACAGCCAAGCAGAAGUUUCAUCUGGAUCCCAGAGACGGAACAGUUACACUCAUAGAAAGUGUUGAUUUUGAAGAAAGUCAAUAUUAUGUGAUGAUAAUUCAGGCAAGUGAUGGAGGAGGCUUGGCGGCACAUUGCAAUGUGGAGAUUGAGGUUCUUGAUGAGAAUGACAAUGCUCCAGAUGUGAUCCUUACCUCCGUGUCCAGCCCAGUUCCAGAAGAUGUCACUUCUGGAGCUGUGAUUGCUCUCAUUAAAGUUCAGGACAGGGAUUCUGGGGAUAACGGAGAAGUCACCUGUCACCUGAAGGAACUUGUACCAUUCCUGAUAGUCUCAUCUUCAGAUAAUUACUUCAAGCUUCUCAUAGAUGGUGCCCUUGACAGAGAAAGGACUCCAGAGUAUAAUAUUACAAUCACAGCCACAGACAAAGGCACACCUCCACUCUCCACACACAAAACCAUAUCAAUACAGAUCUCAGAUAUCAAUGAUAACCCACCAGCCUUUGAAAAAUCUUCCUACACUGCCUACGUUCCAGAAAACAACCCAUCUGGAGCUUCAAUUUUCCACAUCAAGGCCUCUGACCCAGAUCUGGAUAGCAAUGCCAGAAUCACUUACUCCAUCCUUAACAGCAACAUCAAGGACUUGCCUCUGUCCUCCUAUGUCUCCAUUAACUCUGAGACCGGGAUCAUCUAUGCCCAACGCUCCUUUGACUAUGAGCAAUUCAGGGAGUUUCAGAUUCAAGUGAAGGCCCAAGAUGGAGGUUCUCCACCACUCAAUAGCAGUGCCACAGUGACAGUAUGUGUUUUGGACCGAAAUGAUAACGCUCCGCAGAUUCUGUACCCCUCACAAUCAACAGAGGGUUCACCUUUCUUUGAGAUGGUGCCUCGGUCAGCUGAGUCGGGUUAUCUGGUGACGAAGGUGGUGGCCGUGGACUCUGAUUCGGGACACAAUGCCUGGCUCUCCUUCCAUCUCCUGCAGGCCACAGAGCCCUCACUCUUCAGCAUUGGCUCCCACACAGGAGAGGUGCAAACAGUCCGAGCAUUACUCGAGAGAGAUGCAGUGAAGCAGAGGCUGGUCAUCCUGGUGAAGGACAAUGGGCACCCUCCUCUCUCAGCCACCACAACUUUGAGCCUGGUGUUUGCUGAGAACUUCCAGGAGGCUCUUCCAGAAAUGAACUCCCAACCAAAUGACUCAGAGUAUCAGUCAGAUCUACAGUUUUAUUUGGUAUUGGCCUUGACCUUGGUGUCCUUUCUGUUCCUGGUGACGGUGAUUCUGACCAUUCUGAUGAAGCUUCGAAGGUCAAGGAGUCCCACUUUCCUUCAGUGCUUUAUUCCUGACCCCCAUUCAAAGGCUGGUGCCAUAUUCCCACCCAAUUAUGAGGAUGGAACUUUGCCUUAUUCCUACCAGGUCUGUCUGUCCUCUGAAUCCAGGAGGAAUGAGUUGACAUUCCUGCAGCCCACUGUCCAAAUAGCAGAGAACAUCCUUUGCAAUGGCAACUCUGACAUUUCUUUGAUGGUCAGUGGAGGCAAUUUAAUUUCUGAAAAGGAAAAUGACAGCACGGUGAGUUAUAUUUCAUGUUCCUUAUAGGGAAUUUGGUGUUGUCACUUGUUUGAGAGUUUAUUUGUAAAGAGUGGAUGUUAUCAAACUGGCACUCCAGACAAUUCAUGCCAUGUCACCAGGGAAGUAGGUAUGGGGUAGUACUGAGCUGCUACUGCUGCAGAUCAAGCUAAUGGAAUGGGCCUUCUAGCAGUUGUUGAAGGGCAAAAUUGCAAGUUGGGGGGAGCCUCAGUUAGAAUUAUGCAGAUGCACAUUUGCAUGCUGACUUAGGGUGAGAAUCUCGGACCACAGGAUGGCAUAGCAUGUUUGAGUGGAGACAGUGCUUAUUCUUCCUUCCUUCCUUCCUUCUUUCCUUCCUUCGUAGUAUGACUAAAAUUGAAUAUGUAGCUAUUUUAAUGUUCUGUCUUAAAAAACCCCAGAAAAACAGACAUCAAAAAAUAUUACAUUGUAUAUUCUUCAAGAAGUUUGAAAAUUUUCUAUUUAUUGGCCAACUUCUCCUUAUUAUUAAACUAAAUAUUAGGAGUUUGUGGGAGUUUUUAUGUGUCGUGGGAAGGAAAUAGCGGGUUGAACAUCUUUUGUUGGCGGUCUGCCAACAGAGAUAAUUACAUGGUGAUUGAUGAUAGCCAGACAUAAGUCUUGGUUCCCAUAUUCAUUUUGGAAAAAGAGUGAACAAGAGAUUAAUCUCUGGUGCUUUGAAAAAGCUGUUUUCUGUGUUCAAGAGACCAAGAAGCAGUCAGCUCCUAGGAACUUGGAUGGGGGUUAAGCAACUUGAGAGCUGAGGAAUUUACAUCUUGCCCCAAAGCCAUGAAAGAGCCGUGAUGGGUAUGGGAUCUGCAAAAGCCUCCCUUUCUUAAUUAUUUUUGGGACAGUUAUAAUUUAUAACCGAGGGAGAUUUGUCCAUCAGCUGGUGAUAAUUUACAUUCAAUGUGUGAGCUGCUUUUUGGCUUCAAGAAGAAGGGAAGGGAAAUUGAACAUUAAAGGGUUGAAGGCAGAACAAAAUGCCUAUUUUGUGGUUUGAGAGAAGAAAGUUUUAUACGAACAAUGGAGAUCUGUGUUUUUGUAUUUUUCAGAUUGAGCGUAUAUAAAUGUUCUACAUUGUUAAACCGUUAUAUUAUUAAAAAUGAAUAAAAAUAAUAUUUAAAAAUGACAACCAUAAUUUAAAGCACACAGAAAGUUUAAAUCACAGCAGAAUAGAUUAAAACAAAUUAAAACUCAUACACAGUUGGGUCUGAUUGGAAAAGCACAAUGUAUGUUAUGGUGAAGCAUUGAUGGAAGCUGUCAGUUGUAAAACACUCCUCAGGUCCUGUGACUGGUUAUUCCUGGUUGCAGAUUGAAUAGAGCUCAUGCACAGCCUUUGUUUGAUCAAUGAGUGGAGCAAGUAGUCUGUUUUCCAUUGAGCAUGUAGUCCAUUGAGCAUGUAGUCCAUUGAGCAUGGAAUCAUAGAGUUGCAAGGGACCCAAGGGUCAUCUGGUCCAACCCCUGCAAUGCAGGAAUCUCAGCUAGAGCAUCCAUGGCAGAUGGCCAUCCAACCUCUGCUAAAAAAAACCUCCAAGGAAGGAGAGUCCACAACUUCCCAAAGGAGACUGUCCCAAUAUAUCACAAAAGAUUAAUGAAGCACUCCUAAAUUCUCCAACAUGUUACCUCAUCCUUUCUAAAACAACUUAGCACAAGAUUGUUCAAGAUAAUCAUAGAAUCAUAGAGUUGGAAGAGACCACAAGGGCCAUCGAGUCCAACCCCCUGCCAAGCAGGAAACACCAUCAGAGCACUCCUGACAUAUGGUUGUCAAGCCUCUGCUUAAAGACCUCCAAAGAAGGAGACUCCUCCACACAUGAUAUGAUUGUUCUCAUAUCAUUUCAUCUGUUCACCAAGAUCUUCAGUGGAGAUAUUCCUGGUGGUCUCAUUACCUGCAUCAGUACACGUUCUGGCAACCAUGAGGAUGGCAUUCUCUGUGGCGGAACAGUCUGCCCUUUUGAAUUCAAUAGUAAUGUACAGUGCAGUGUUUUCAUCAACAUUUAAACACGUAUCUAUGUGACCAAGUAUUUGCUGGCCAUUGGUGUUCAACUCCACUAAAUUGCUGACAACAGUAUUAUAUACUGUACUUUAUUAUGCAUUUUAUUGCAUUGAACUGGUGCUUAUAUGUGAUAUUAUACCCAACCUAGAUAUUCUUUGAGUGUGGGACAGGGACUAUAUAAUUAUUUUAAAUAAAUUUAAAAAUUCCCCACCUCCAAAAACCAUAUACUAGAAAGACAAAACACAGGAAAUGAGCAAUAGGGAAAACAGUGGUCCCUGUAUUGACUUAUAUGCUGACCCAAAUAUGUCUGCAUCAUGAACCCAAAAUCUCCUUCCCCCUUUGCUUAACAGUCAAAAGAGCUAAGAGCAUUUGCAAUGUAUGAUUAGAAAUUAUAACCAAUUGGAACAGUUGUGGUCAUCAGUAUGUAUGUAGGUGAGUGUGCAUGAGGCUAGUAUUUCUACCUAUACCAUCGCCAGUCAUGCUUCCAUGCUGUAGUAACAUAGGUGACAAAUGAUUAUUGAGUCAUAACAUUGUUAGAUGCCCUCUCACCUCUUUGGCUGGGAAUGCUUUCCCAUGGAAAGGCAAUCUGGCCAGGACAUACAGCUGCACACCCCUGUAUCUGCUGCUUCAUAUACAUUAAUGCUGGAUUGUGCCUAAUGUGUCGAAAAGUUUGUUGCCAGUGCAUAUUCUGUAGUGAGAGAUGAAGACUAAUUUUGAAAGAAACUUUUAUGGCAUUGCUUGGUGGAUCGGAUGCUUGAUUUUCUGUCUUCUGGGGGAAAGCAUUCAGCAAAUUCAGUAUAGCAGUUUUAGUAGUCCUGCUGAUUUUGUAGAACAAGAAGCAGAAGAGCAUCAAGGUCUCCAAGAAAGAUGACUGAAAACCAUCUACCUCUACUGUUUAACAGGUCAUCACAUGCUAGUUUUUAAUAAUGCUUGUUCUGAGCUUGACAACUGAUUGUCACACAUAAGCUCAUAAGCUGCCAUUGAAAGUUACCCACCUGCAGUAGUGACAUGCAUGGUGGUGGGAAGCUGGUGAAUUCACUCCACCCCCUUACACUGUUGCCUACCUGGAUGGGGCAGCAGUGAGGCUGGAGUCAUGUGAUUUUAACUGUGGGAACAUCUAGCACGGCUGCUGGUGCAUCUGCACAGCCCCAACCACACAGUUGUGUCAGCCCAGCCCUGACCAGGUAAGUCCCAGCAACAACACUAGUGUUGGAGGGUGGCUCCACAGCUCCACCCCAUUGCAUGUGCCACCAAUCUCUUCCUGCUUCUUUUUAUCUCUGUAAUGUGAAGUGGUGUAGUAAUAAUAAUUGGCUUUAAUAGCAUUCUGUCUUGGCUUUAUUUUCUUCUAGGCACAAUGUGAGCAAUAAAUUAAGGAGAGGAGUGAAGUGCCAGAGGUAGUAAGGAUGUACUGGUGGUUUACUAGUGGUGUUUCUCCAUCAAGAAAAAAAUCUAUUGAAUAUUCCCUUAGAAAAGCGAGCAGAAAACAUUGCUGAGAAAGAUCCAUAACAUUUAUUCCAGAAUUUCCAGUAAUGGGGUAGGGCAGGAACCCUAAACACCCUUGUCUUUCCUCCUGCUUUUCAAUUACAGCAACAAAAGUCCUCACUCUUAUUUGGCCUUAGUGGGUAAAUUCUAAGGGAAAAGAGUAAAGUUAUCCUAGCUAUAGCUGCAUAUAAUAGCAGUAGUACAGUGAAAUGGUGUUUAUUUAAUUUUCAAAAGUGGUUUUUGCAGUUUGGGCUUGAUCCUCUGGGUGGCACUGUUCACCAGAAUGGAGGAGAAAUGAGAAAUCCUGCCCAGUCGAAGUUGCCUUUCCGUUAAACACAAGCACAAAAUAUCUGAAGGAACAAGCUGCUUGUCAGUGUAAAGAAGAAGCAGAAGUGCAUUUUUCUUUAAAAAAAUUGGAUACAGCAUCAUUUGAACCAGAACAUAAGAGCCUUUAACCUGCUGCAAGCAUGGAAGGAACUCAGAGGCUGUGGAAUUGCAGAAAGGGAAUCUUCCAGUGCCUUUUCAUGAUGUUUUCUUGGAAGGCAGUUUCUGGGCAGAUCCACUACUCCAUUCCAGAAGAGUUGCACAAAGGCUCUUCCGUGGGGAAUGUUGCAAAGGACCUGGGAAUGGAUGGCAAGCAGCUCCCAAACCAUGGACUGCGCAUUGUUUACCCUGUAGGUAUGAUUCAGUAUUUUUCUUUGAAUGCCAACAAUGACCAUUUGCAGAUAUCUGAGAGAAUAGAUAGAGAAGACAUUUGUGGAGAGGCAGAGAAAUGUAUGUUGAAGUUUCAGGUUCUUGUUGAAAGCAAAUUGAAGCUUUAUGGAAUUGAAGUGGAAAUUACGGAUAUAAAUGAUAAUGCUCCCCACUUCCCUCUAUGGGAACAGGAGCUGGAAAUCAAUGAGGCAUCUAUGCCUGGAUUCCAGAUCCCUCUACCCAAAGCUCAAGAUCCAGAUUGGGGGAUAAAUUCAGUGCAGAGCUAUCAACUCACAGGCAGUAGCCAUUUUGCUUUGCAUGUGCAAACAGAAGAAAAUGGUGCCAGACUUGCUGAACUUGUGUUGGAAAAAUCAUUGGACAGAGAGGAACAAUCAGCUUACGAUUUGCUCCUCACAGCUACUGAUGGAGGUGAUCCCAUCAGAUCUGGCACAUUACAAAUCCACAUUGUUGUUAUUGAUGCAAAUGACAAUGCACCAGUUUUCAGCCAACCUCUCUAUGAAGUGAGUGUCAAUGAGAAUAUCCCCAAGUGGUCCACAGUUUUGACAGCGAGAGCCACUGAUAUGGAUGAAGGAAUCAAUGGAGACAUUAGAUACUCUUUCCAACAAAUCACAAAGAAGGACUCCCAAAUGUUUCUGUUAAAUUCCACAACUGGUGAAAUCAUCCUUAUUGGGAAUCUUGAUUAUGAGGAAUCAUCUUUAUAUGCAUUUGAGAUACAAGCCAAAGAUGGAGGAGGCCUGAGUGACAGAUCAAAAGUUGUGAUAUCAAUUACGGAUCUGAAUGACAAUGCACCCGAAUUAUCAGUUAACUUUGCCACCAACACCAUACUUGAAAGUUCACCAUCCCAAACGGUAAUUGCCAUAUUAAAUGUCCAAGACAGAGAUUCAGGAAUCAAUGGGGAAAUCACAUGUUCAAUCCCUAGCAACCUCCCUUUCCAGCUAAAGAAGUCCAUGGAUAACUUUUACAGUUUGGUGACUGAUGGUGCCCUUGACAGGGAACAGGUGUCAGUCUUCAAUAUUACUGUCACUGUUACUGACCAUGGAGUCCCCCCUCUUUCUGCAGUCACAGUCAUCACUCUUCAUGUUUUAGACACAAAUGACAACCCGCCCCUCUUUGAAAAAACAGACUAUACUUUCUAUUUUGUUGAGAAUAACCAAAGAGGAGCGAUGGUCUCUUCCUUAAGAGCAAACGAUCUUGACUGGGAAGAAAAUGCCAGAAUAACAUAUUCCAUCACUGAUGACCAAAGACGUGACUCCCGCCUCUCCUCCUACAUCUCCAUUAACUCUGAGACGGGGGUUAUAUAUGCUCUGACCUCCUUUGAUUAUGAAGAGUUUCGAGACAUUAGAUUCCGUGUAAAGGCCCAAGACGGAGGUUCUCCACCACUCAGCUCCAACGUCUCAGUGACUCUCGUCAUCCUGGACCAGAAUGACAAUGCUCCCCAAAUCCUGUACCCAUCUCCUCCCACUGACGGCUCCACGGGGAUAGAGCUGGCCCCUCGCUCCUCGGAGCCAGGCUACCUGGUCACUAAGGUGGUGGCCGUGGAUGCGGACUCUGGCCAGAAUGCCUGGCUCUCCUACCAGCUGAUCAAGGCCACCGAGCCAGGGCUCUUCACUCUGGGGCUCCACACGGGAGAGAUCAGGACGGCCCGCUUCUUUCUGGAGAAAGAUGCCCUCAAGCAAAGCCUGGUGGUUUUAGUGAAGGACAAUGGGCAGCCACCUCUCUCUGCUUCAGCCACUCUGACUGUGGUGCUGGCUGACACCAUCCCUGCAGUCCUCUCAGACCUGAGCAGCAUCUCAGCUCCUGUAGAACCUCCGUCUGACCUCACCUUCUACCUGGUCCUUGCAGUGGCUUUUGUCUCCUGCUUGUUCCUCAUCUUCCUCCUUGUGUUACUGGCCAUCAAGUUGCACAGGUGGAGAAAUUCUCAGCUGCUUGAGUCGGGGAGUGUGAAUUUCAGUGGCGCUCCUAUCUCACAGUUUGUGGGGAUCGAUGGAGUCCGAGCAUUUCUGCACUCCUACUGCCAGGAGGUUUCUCUCACUACAGACUCUAGAAAGGCAAAUUAUUCCAAUACUCUGAGCAAUAAAGAAGCUUGUGAGGCAAAGGAUCCAAUCCUACCUGGUGAAGAUUUAAACUUGAACAAUGAAGGCUUAAUCGUAGUCCAGGUGAGCAAAUAAUUUUAGAUUAACAUGAUUUUUUGUUUUCUUAAUAUUAGAAUAUAUUUCCUGUCUGCCUCUGCUUUUUCAUUAUAUUCACAACUAUGUCAGUCUUCUUUCUAUUACUUUCAGCUCCCCCUUCUUUUAGUUAUUACUUUAUAUGUGAUCCUUCUGUGAAGUAUCUUCUUUCAACAAAUCUUUAUCUUAAUGCAUCAGAUGAUCUGUCUUUGUCUCUUACUUUGGACUGCUGGUGGAGGCUCACAGAAUCUUGUGCACAUCUAUAAAAAAACAUAGUUCACUACAUAUUGAAACUAUCAUGUAAAGGAGAUAGGGAGAAGGCUAGGCUCAUCCUAUUUUCAUGUGCAGCAGGUGAAUUCCUGAUUUAAUGCAUUCUUAAUUGUUUUAACUUAGUAUGUUGUAUUUGGCUUUUAUUUCAUAUUUUUAGUACACUUCCAAAUAGUGGGUGGUUUAAAAAACCUCUAUCAAUAAAUAAGUAUAUAAAUGUGAGCCCUCACCUGCCUUGCUACUGGUAAGUUGUAGUUAUGCUGCCUCUGUGAAAACUAGGGCCAAGUAUCCUAUGACAAAUAAGUGUUCAUUCCCAUCUUUCAACCAAUAACCUCUUUCCACUACAUACCCAACUGCCCACCAGUAAGCUGAUACUGAGAUUCUCAUUGCUACAAGACUUCUUUUUUUUAAAGUAAUAAUGAAUUUACUUAACCCUUUUAUUGGCUGAGUUAUUUUGGCUGUUGGUAUAUUUUAGCAUGAUAAAAUGAGGAGAUUUAAUGGUGAGGGGACACUGGGAAGAAAUUUACAAGCAAUUGUAUUGUAAGAUUGGUUGCAUAAUGCUCGUUGUAAUUUGCAAUCUUCAUCCGCUAUUGAACUACAGCAGCAACACACAAACUUGGUUGGGGGGGUAUUUUCUAUUUCCAGUGUAAGGUAGGAGUAGAAUUUUGAACCCCAGAGAAGGUGUCGUGUGUUGCCUUCUCCCUGUAAUAUGAAUGAAAACAGCUUCAGCCAAAGGUGUGUUCUUCUAGGUAGUUCCACACUGCUACAAUGGGUGCCACACUGGAAGUGUGACUGCAAGUUUAUUUACUCCUCUGUCACAUGACUGUAAGCUGUUUUGAUUCCAGUGCUCUUUGGUGACAUGCCGCUUGUAUUUUUCUAUUAAUAAUAUGCUGUCAUGGUUGGAGUUGUAAACACACUACAGUGGCAAGAAUUGAUGCAUUUGGGGGACAUUUUAUGAGGCAUGUGGGGGUUUUUUGUUCCCGUAAAGAAAACAAUGAAUGGUAACUUGCUGAAAUUUGGGGAAGUUGUUUGGGUGACCAUUUCUGACAAUGUCCUAGAAGGACUAUCCUGAAGUUCUACUAAUGUGUGAAUUGGACAAUGAAAAGUAUGCUGGGAGGAUGUGGGUCAACCCAGCUGAACCUCUGAUGGGAAUAUGUGUUAAAAAAUCACGUGUGAUAGUUUUUUAAUAUUAUUUAGGUUUUUUUAAUGCACAUUAAACAUGGAAGAAAGAAAUUUGGAACUGUGGUCUCAUUGACCUGCAUACAGAAAAGAGUUCUUAAUGGAGUGAAUAACUAUGAGGUCUGAUCAAUAAUCCAUUGAGGGGGGUACAACUUGAAAACAAUGGUAAAGGGAUAAAUUAAAAGCAGUUCUCUACAUUAGAAAUUAUAUACUAUGUACCAUUAUUGAAAUGGCAAAUACAGUUCCCCAUGUGGACUCAGAGUGUCACUGUUGGACAACGUGGGAGCAGCCAUGGCUCAGCAUUUCCGAGACUCUUAGAGCAGUGUUUCUUAACACUUCAGCUGAGCAGAAAGGAAAAGCUUUUAUUUUAAAAGCUGCUCAAGAAAGGAAAGCUCUCAGUUUCCCAAGAAUCAGCUCAAAAGAACGGUAUUAGUACUAUCUCACAUUAGUGUACUGGGAGUCUUGCAAACUAUACUGAAAGAAGGAAGAAAUCAGGAAAUGCAAUGGAUGUGAUGGAAGUAAAGCAGGCAGAGAGAAAAAGGAAGAUCACCAAGAGGCAAGUACUGUUUCUGUUCAUAUUCUGGUCUGUGUUCUGCUGCCAGGUAGUGUCUGAGAAGGUUCAGUAUUCAGUUCCAGAGGAAGCAGAGCAGGGCUCCUUUGUGGGGAACCUUGCUAAAGAUCUGGGGUUGGAUGUCAGAGAGCUGUCAAAGCGCAAGCUUGGUAUUUCUUCAGAAAAGCAAUUCUUUGAAUUGAAUGAACAAAAUGGCAACCUGUAUGUGAAUGAGAGGAUAGACCGGGAAGAGAUUUGUGGUAAAUCAUCUACUUGUGUCCUCAAAUUAGAAGUUGUAGCACAAAAUCCUUUGAAUAUUUUCCACAUAAAUAUUUUUAUCCAGGACAUUAAUGACAAUGCCCCAUAUUUCCGGAAUGAAAAUGUUGAGCUUAAAUUUAGUGAAUCUACUCUGCCGGGAACUCGAUUUGCUCUUGGAAAUGCUGAAGAUGAUGAUAUUGGAAUAAACUCCCUCCAGAAUUAUCAAUUGAGCUCAACUCCAUAUUUCAAACUAGAAAUUCAAAACAGCAAUGAUGGUGGCAAAUAUGCAGAGUUAAUAUUGCAGAAACAACUGGACAGGGAAAAGGAACACACGCACCACAUGGUCCUUACAGCCAUGGAUGGUGGAGAACCUCCAAAAACCGGAACAGUCAAAAUAUUGGUAACAGUUCUUGAUGCUAAUGACAAUGCCCCUGUUUUCACCCAGACAAACUAUAAAGUGAGCCUGAAGGAGAGUGCACCCAAAGGAACCUCUGUGCUUCAAGUCAAAGCAUCUGACAGUGAUGAAGGGUCAUAUGCUGAGAUCACUUAUACUUUCAGUGACAUCUCAAAAACAGCUGAGCAGAAAUUUCAUCUGGAUCCCAGAGAUGGAACCAUUGCACUCAUAGAAAGUGUUGAUUUUGAAGAGAGUCAAUAUUAUGUGAUGAUAAUUCAGGCAAGUGAUGGAGGAGGAUUGGCAGCACAUUGCAAAGUGGAGGUUGAGGUUCUUGAUGAAAAUGACAAUGCUCCAGAUGUGAUCCUUACAUCCAGUGUCCAGCCCAGUUCCAGAAGAUGUCACUUCUGGAGCUGUGAUUGCUCUCAUUAAAGUUCAGGACAGGGAUUCUGGGGAUAAUGGAGAAGUCACCUGUCACCUGAAGGAACUUGUACCUUUCCUGAUAGUCUCAUCUUCGGACAAUUAUUUCAAGCUCCUCAUAGAUGGUGCCCUUGACAGAGAAAGGACUCCCGAGUAUAAUAUUACAAUCACAGCCACAGACAAAGGUUCACCUCCACUCUCCACACACAAAACCAUAUCAAUACAGAUCUCAGAUAUCAAUGAUAACCCACCAGCCUUUGAAAAAUCUUCCUACACUGCCUACGUUCCAGAAAACAACCCAUCUGGAGCUUCAAUUUUCCACAUCAAGGCCUCUGACCCAGAUCUGGAUCGCAAUGCCAGAAUCACUUACUCCAUCCUUCACAGCAACAUCAAGGACUUACCUCUGUCCUCCUAUGUCUCCAUUAACUCUGAGACCGGGAUCAUCUAUGCUCAACGCUCCUUUGACUAUGAGCAAUUCAGGGAGUUUCAGAUUCAAGUGAAGGCCCAAGAUGGAGGUUCUCCACCACUCAAUAGCAGUGCCACAGUGACAGUAUGUGUUUUGGACCGAAAUGAUAACGCUCCGCAGAUCCUGUACCCCUCACAAUCAACAGAGGGCUCCCCUUUCUUUGAGAUGGUGCCUCGGUCAGCUGAGUCGGGUUAUCUGGUGACGAAGGUGGUGGCCGUGGACUCUGAUUCGGGACACAAUGCCUGGCUCUCCUUCCAUCUCCUGCAGGCCACAGAGCCCUCACUCUUCAGCAUUGGCUCCCACACAGGAGAGGUGCAAACAGUCCGAGCAUUACUUGAGAGAGAUGCAGUGAAGCAGAGGCUGGUCAUCCUGGUGAAGGACAAUGGGCAUCCUCCUCUCUCAGCCACCACAACUUUGAGCCUGGUGUUUGCGGAGAACUUCCAGGAGGCUCUUCCAGAAAUGAACUCCCAACCAAAUGACUCAGAGUAUCAGUCUGAUCUACAGUUUUAUUUGGUAUUGGCCUUGACCUUGGUGUCCUUCCUGUUCCUGGUGACGGUGAUUCUGACCAUUCUGAUGAAGCUUCGAAGGUCAAGGAGUCCCACUUUCCUUCAGUGCUUUAUUCCUGACCCCCAUUCAAAGGCUGGUGCCAUAUUCCCACCCCAUUAUGAGGACGGAACUUUGCCUUAUUCCUACCAG